CGAAAUUCCCCAUUGCUAGGGUUUUCCAGCGGAGCUCGUGUGGAGGCAGAGAAAGGAAGACGAGCACAUAAAUCAGAAGGCGGGCGUGGCCUCGGUGGCGCUGCUUGGGUCACUCAAGGCAGGGGAAGAUGGAGAGGGGAGAGAAGCGAAGCAGGGCGGUCGCGGCGGCGCUAGACGUUUGAGGGGAGGGGCAACUGGAUUGGAUGGAGCCCGCGGAACGGGGGGCGCCGGCGAAAGGAGGAGCGCAGCAUCGACCCAGCCUGCCUGCCGCCGAUGACCAAACCUCAGGUCAGGAUCGCUCACAGGCAAAACGAAUCGACAAUUCUGGCUUCAAGUUUCUAAAGACCUUGUACCCAGAAUCUUUGAAGAAUCAAAUCAAGGGGAGAGGGGAGAAGACGUCCCAGCAGCUCCCCGAGAACGAGUGCCCACUUCCCUACAUCUCAGGGAAGCGGAAGCGCCCCGAACCCCUCGCUGAUUCGAGCGACAGCUACUCAAGAAGUUUCCUUCCCUCCCACGAUAACGACGCCAACGGCCCCCUCAGUUCAUUGAAAAUAUGAAGAGGAGCAGCGUAGUCUAUGUGGUUGCUGUUUUGUCGGGUGCCUUGUCAUGGUUGGGCAAUGUCGCUCCGACCCCAAGAGCACCUACGAAGAUGGCCAUGACAACGCGACUAUGGUGGCCUCGUCAUUAGAUGAGAGCAAACUUACCAUAAAAUGGUGUGUCGCAAGGGAUUGUAACACCAAAGGUGAACCAAAUGCCCAUCACUGCUUUUGCUGCCUCAAUGCGCAGGGAGCUCCUUGUUUCAGUUCCAGAGGAGAUUGCCAGGAUCACUGCCCAACUUUGCCACCCGGAAAAUAAGGAUGUUCUAGCUGAUAUGUAUUUGAUCACAUCCCUUUUAGUUCCAGAGGAGAUUUCCAGGAUCACUGCCCAACUUUGCCACCCCGAAAAUAAGGAUUUUCUAGCUGAUACAGUAUGUAUUUGAUCACAUCCCUACCUAGCUGCAGCGUCGUCGCCGAUCUAGGCAUCCGUGUAGGUCUUCGUAAAGGAUGUGGCUGGGAGAUUCACCAGCGGUGGGAUCUGUGUGAAUCUGUUAUCAUUCAUGUAUUUGAAGAAUUCUAGUUGGUGUAAGCUCACAAAACCUCCAAUUAGAUUAGAUGAGAUACGUUUGUAGAAUAUAAAUUCUGCACUCGAUAUCAGUGGCAAGCUAUUUUGCAUCU